AUGACUACACUAGAAGAAACACCGGGCUGGAACCAACGAGAUCCAGCCAUUGCGGACAACUCUGGCCAUACAGAUGAGCAUCUGGGCGCUACUGAACCGGCCGCGCUACGUUCGCGACACAGUUUACAUGCUCAGUCCUCACCUCGCAUCGAGGAGGUUGGCAGUGUCGGCCACGUGCAACUAUCGUCGCACCCUGAUGUUGUAGCGAAGCUCCAGGACGUAGGAUGCCAGGAACACGAGACUCCGGAAAACUCACGUCAGAAAGGACUAGAGCCGUGGGAGCUGGCUAGCCGAGAAUCACAAAGAGCCCAUGCUUAUACGCUUGAGGAAAAGGAUUCACCGCUGUCUGCGUUGCUCACAACCAGGAAAGUCUCGGAGACACGAGAACAGCAAGAGAUGCCGGGCAAGCUGGAGAUUCUGGAGGCCAUGCCUUCCGCGCCCGCUGAUGAGGCGGUUCACAGAGAGCCCGAGCUGCAAGCAGCAAGCAAAGCGAUGUCUUCUACGAAGAGGUCGAGCGAUCACACCCUCGAAAAAGCCACACCUCUUUCCCUCCCGGGUGGCUCAGUCGAGGAGCUACAUCUGGCAUCGCUGAACCCGACGUGA